AUCGCUAGGGUCGACAUCGCCGACCAAGUGGAGGAGAUACUCGCCGGCGUGCAGGCUAAAAUCGCCACGCUCGACAGGCUGCAUGCGAAACACGUCCUCCCCGGGUUCUCGGACCGGUCUGCAGAGGAGCGGGACAUCGAGGCAGCGACUACGGACAUUACAAAGGACUUCCGCCAGUGCCAUGGACUCAUUCAACGGAUAGAAGCCACGCCAGCGCACGCUUUCCCUCCUUCCCAAUCCGGCCGGUCAGCACAAGAAUUGGCAGCGAAGAACGUGCAGCGUGGUCUUGCAGCUAAGGUGCAGGAGCUCAGCGCAUCCUUCCGGAAGAAACAGCGGGUGUAUUUGGAGAAGCUUCAGGGCCAUGCGAUAAAGAAUCAGGAUCUGCUCAUCGCGUCGGGUUCCAUCUCUUCAAGAGGCACGGAAGGACUGUCAGCUGUGGACGAGGACGUGGAGGCUGCCGCGGCGUCGCGUAGUCGUGCGGCCAUGGCGCAAGACGUGAUGGUGGAGGACGUUGAUCUGCGGACACGAGAUCACGAGCUCACGCAGAUCGCGCGUUCAAUUGCAUCACUUGCGGAGCUGUUCAAGGACCUUUCGGUGAUGGUGAUUGAUCAGGGGACACUGCUGGACAGCAUUGAAUACAACAUUGAGCAGACGGCGGUACAGAUGGAGGAAGCAGUGAAGGAGCUGAAUGUGGCCACGAGGUACGUGUGUGCUAGAUCUACUUUGGCAUGUUCUUCCGGCGAGGAAGGCGCAUACUGA